AGUCGUAUGGUUUGGUUUUCUUCUCCUGUAGCCAGCCAGCAUCAACCAGCCGCCUGAAUGUAGAUCCGCAUGGGCCACUACUACUCCUCCUCUUAUCUCUCCAAAUAACCCAGCGGAACCAUAAGAUAAGGAUCCCAGGAUGGUGUUAGUGCAUGUCGGAUAUCUGGUUCUUCCUGUAUUCGGCUCAGUAAGAAACAGAGGAUCCCAUUUCAACCGGCAACAGCAACAGCAGCAGCAGCAGCAGCACAGCCAUGCUACCUCUUGCCGGCAUUUCCAGUUAGGUCCUCAGGCGCCGCUGCCCAUGGACUUCCCCAUGCCCCACCCAGGGCAGCCACAGUCAGGCAUUAACCCCCACCUGGCCCCUCCCGGCCACCAGCAUGGCCCUCCGCUCCACCCGCCCCUCAACCCCCUGCCCGCCCCCCAGUUCCAGGACAUCCCCGCCCCUCCCUUCCUACCUCAGGCAUUACACCAGCAAUACCUCCUCCAGCAGCAAAUCCUCGAGGCCCAGCACCGACACAUCCUGCCACCCUCCAGUAGACGCACCCCAGAGAGAGUUCCUCACCAGCCCCACAGACUGCGGCCCGGCUAUGAGUUUGCUCCCCCUCUUCAUGUCCCUCCUCAGCCUGUGGUGCAGCAGCCCCGCUACUUGGCUGAGGGCACAGACUGGGAUCUAAGCGUAGAUGCUGGACUGCCCCCUCAGCAGUACCACAUCCACCCGCUGCCGCAGCACUAUCAGCACUACUUGACCUCUCCAAGGAUGCACCACUUCCCAAGAAACAAUGCCUCAACACAAGUGGUUGUCCAUGAGAUCAGAAACUACCCAUAUCCCCAGCUGCACUUGCUGGCUCUGCAGAGUCUCAACCCCUCCCGCCACGCGUCCGCUGUUAGAGAGAGCUACGAGGAGCUUCUGCAGCUGGAGGACAGACUGGGCAGUGUAAACCGUGGAGCAGUCCAAACCACCAUAGAGAGAUUCACUUUCCCCCAUAAGUAUAAAAAGAGAAUACCCCAGGACCUGAAGAUGUGUCUGGAUGACGAGGAACUGGACACUGAUGAGAAGUGCACCAUCUGUCUGUCAAUGCUGGAAGACGGAGAGGAUGUCAGGAGAUUACCCUGCAUGCACCUUUUCCACCAGGCGUGCGUGGACCAGUGGCUGGCUACCAGCAGGAAAUGCCCCAUAUGCAGAGUGGACAUUGAGACCCAGCUGACCCCCGACAGUUGAUAGCUGCUGUCAACUCCUGCAGCUCGGAUCCGAUCUCGUGAUUCUCCAUCGCCUCCCCCUCCUCUCUCUCUGGUGGGGAGGGGGGAGCUCUGCCAAACACCCCUCUUCCCCUCUGCAUCACUCAAUGAGCCUGCCUUCUGAGACAGCUGUGACAGAGGGAUCAACAAAGCACACUCACCUACAACACAGCGAGGGAUGGGGUUGAGGCGUAGAUAGGUGGCUGGACUGAAGGUUGGUUGAAUGGAAUUACUGGAUGUAAAAGGUAGGAGCGGACACAUAUGAACAGAUGUGCUGAGGCUUCACACGAUCCUGUCCGACUGUGCACAUUUCUACAUAAAGCUACCAAGAGAGGACACUCUGACUACCAACCUCCCCAGCUUGUGUGGCGUAUUAAGGCCAUUUCUCUGCCACUAUAUCUAAACCCCUUCCCAGGCCUGUGAAAAAUCCUUUAAGCUGCACUCUGCCCAAGCCCUCAGCACAUCUGUACAGAACAUUAUCAAAUGAUUAGCAUGAGGUUGUUUGGUGUGAACCCUUGUAGCUGAACGCUUGUGGUGUAAUGGAGUAUAGUACUGAAUAAGUAUUUACAGAGUAACAGUGUUGUGUAGCAAGCAAAAAGCCUUUUCGCUUUGAGAAAUAUGUUUGUGAAAAAUAAACCUACAGAGAGGGUGAAUACAGCUCUAACAGUGAGAAUUAUCAGCGUGUUAAAUCUCCAUAGAUAGGCGACGAGGAGAGAGCUAGUUUGUGUGUAAAAAGGCCAAAAAACCCCUCGUUCUUGUCUAGGUUUUGGAUUUACAGUUAGUAGAUGCCAUCAGAGUUGAUGCUAAACCCGCUAACUGCAGGCAUGGCUUCCCGUGAUCUGUGUAGUGUCGUAGUCGGGCCUCUAUAAUCUAGAGCAGAGGCCUGAGAUGUGCAUGCUGUAUGGCAGGCUUGGGCUGUGUUGUUAUUGUGGAGCAGUAGAAACAGGGACUGUGUCUGUGCAUGUGAACCGUAUACUAUGACUCCGACGAUCCCACUCAUUCAUAGAGGAGGACAAGAAUGCACCAAGAAAAAAUACAAAACAAAACCCUCCCCUCCCUCCCAUCUCCCUUCUUUACACCUCCUCCCCACUCAUCCCGAAUAGACCAAAGUUGCCCUUAGACACCGAUCUCAGACCAGUGUAGCAUUUUCUCUCCUAACGUUAGGAUUCAAAGAGCUGCUAACGGGUCUGUGUCUAACAGCAACUCCUCUCUGUGGCCUCGCUCAUGGCAUGAUCAUGAGAGGCCGGCAUGGGCAGUGCCUGAGUCUUGCCAUUGGAGUGAGUAAAAUCUGACAUUUGUAUUACCUUUUACCAGAACCUUAUUGCCUAUCGAACAAGCACAUGUGAUUUCUAUAUACAGUGAAUCGCCUCCGUUGUGUAUCGGCUCCUUUUCAUUUCAAUCUAAGUUGAUUAAAGACUGUCCGGUGUUACAGGGAAAAUACAAAACUAGUUUGCCUGUGAUAUGUGCUAGAAUGUGUAUGAUUGCCCCCCCCACCCCCCACCUCCCCCAUGGUAGUAGUGUAUGGUAUUACUAGAACAACUGUGAUAUGUUCAGUGAUAGAAGCCGUUUUCUCUAUAUCAUGCAUGAAACAUGUCGGCGUAGUUCACUUGAAGGAGGGUGAAAGGGAGAAAAAGCCAUCCAUUUGAAAAAUACCAAACAAUUGUUCUUAACAUUAAUUUUCAAAUUUUUAUUUCAUUGUCUUUUUUCUGCCAUUUGUUUGGUUUUUUUGUUGUUGUUUUUUUCAUUUUACUUGUAAUUUAAUUAAAUUUUUUUCUUUCUUUUUUUUAGCUCACAUGCCAAUUUGGACAUGGUACUAAUAUGCCGAGUCCUUGUCCAUUUUUAACCAUAGUGAAGAAAAAGCUGCAAUGCUGCAAACACAUAUUUAUUGUUGUUCUAAUGUAGCUUGUGUUUUGUAAAUGCACUAUAAUAUGGAGUUGCCUGAGUUUUUGGUUUGGUGGUGUGGGUUCUUAUUGUCCUAGAUUUUGUGUUUUUAUUCAGUUCCAAGUAUUUUCAUGCUUCUUUGUGUAUUAUUGGAGGGUAACUUGACUGUUUGUGUUGCGUUUUUAUUUUCUCUUUAUGUAUGAAACCUCCAUCCAAAAAACUACAGAUGGAUGAAAAUGGAGGUUUGCUAGUUCACAUAGAAUGCUGUGAUUAAAGAUGCCUUAAGUAUUUAACAAUCAUUAUUUAUUACUAACUGUAGCUAGCUAGCUAUUGUGGUGGAAUAUUUAAUGUCUCUAUCUCAUAACUUUGCAAUUUAAUCAAUAUAUUUAUUUAAAAUAACACAAAAUAUUAAAAAAAAAAAGAAUACCUCAUUAUGCAUUGGUCGGUGGGGAUGCUUUUGCAUGCCGUCUGUGUUUUUUUUUUUCAAAGGAGAAAAAAAGAAA